ACGGGAAGAAUCACAAGUCAUUAUAGAAGAUUGCAGUCGUAGUACUAAGUAUGUGGACAGCCGCCUCUCCAUGCGAGAGGAAGUGGUCCACCUUCGACCUCAUUCACACAAAGAGGAGAAAUUUGUUGAGCCCGAAGAACUUGUGAAUACUUGUCUUCAUCCAUUAGAACAAGAAGUUGUUGAAGAUAUCGAAGAUGAAGAUCAGGUUUGUUAACACCGAGCGACUGGAGUGGGAGACACUGGAGGACUUGGCUCCCUAUGAUGGCUUCAUGCAAGACGGGGAGUACGACCUGGAGGAAGUGAAGAGGAGGGCCGCGAACUGGUCCAAACCUCAUGGACGUAGUUCGAAGUCGAUCAAAUUUGACAUUCGGGAGCUUGAGGAGGAGAGGGUGGACGACGGGGCAUGGCUCCUUGAUCUUUCUUACCGCCCUCGUUGUCUUACAAAUCAUGACCAUGGGAAGACCGUUGUUGAUGUUGACGACGAAGAGCCUAGCCAUGACCGCGAGGACGAUGACCAGUUGGCUCGAGUGGAACUCAUUGACGGGCGGUUGACUAGGAGGUCUGGAGGUGGUUCAUGUUCUUCCUCCCCGCGCGACCACAUCACGACGCCAGAGGUCCUUGCAUCUGGCGGGCGCUCGGCGGGCACUUCAACCUUGUUGACCGUUGGGGAGGGUAUUCGUUCACGACGUCGGACUUCCACAUUAGGUGGUGCAACUUCGCUGCAGAGGACCACCUCACUCUUGGGAGCACAACUCACCUGUCAUCGGCGACCCACGCUCGAGGAGGAAGGCACCGCUUGUGGGACCACACAGGGGGGGUCGGCGCACGUCCCCGAUAACAGUGAUGUGGUGGAUGCCGAUGAGUUUGUUGGUGCAGACAUGAACGGCCCCAUUGUUGUUGCUUCGGUGGCGGCUGAUGCGGUAAUUGGUGCGCGUGGAGAUGAUCCGGUCGGUGAGUGUGGGGAUGAUCCGGUCAGUGCCACUGCUACGGAUGGUGUUGUUGGUGCAGUCGACGAUGAUGCUGUUGGUGCAGACACGCAGACCGAUGAUGGUCUCAUUGCGAGCGACGAUGUGUUAUCCACUCCGGAUCCGGGGUUGCGAUUGGGGGAGAGAAUCACCUCCCUGUUGCCGCACAUGGCCCUUAUUGCCCCUCGUGGCUCUGCACAAGACUUUUAUAAGCACCUGGCUUCGAUGUCCCCAAUGCGGACUGAUGACGAGUCUAACACCCCUGAUUGGGUCAGAUUCACUGGACCCACCCCGCCCACUCUCCGGUUGAACGAGGACAUUUGGCUGAUCUCUGGGGAGGGCACACAUGCCCAAGUUUACAGGAGGAGGACCCCGCCAAUUCAGGAUGGUGGAACGACCCCGCCACAUGACAUGAAUGCACGACGUGCAACGGUCUCACCGCCCGACAUUGACGAGAGCAAGGUGCACCAAGUGAAGAGUUUGGCGGUGAGAAAGAAGGGAGGGGAGAACAAGGAAAAGGAGGCAGCGGCACCCAAGACGAGAGGGAGAAGAAGGAACGAACGCAAGACUAUCACGCCGCCCGAGACCUUGGAAGAAAAAAGUGUUGUUGCUCGACAGGCGAAGAGGAAGAAGGCUCGACGAGUGCAAAAGAAAGUCACGGCAGCCAAUCGAUCGCCGAAACGCGGACCACGGAAGAAAAGGAAACGUGGGCAAGAGGGCGAUGAAUCCAGUAGCAGCAGCUCUUGGCCUUUCUCGUCUUCGUCCCGAUCAGGGUCGACAACAUCGUCAACUGACACGAGUAGCAGUAAUAAAUGAAAGUGUGUUGUUCAUGUGUGUGUGUGUGUGUGUGUGUGUGUGUGUGUGUGUGUGUGUAUGUGUGUGUGUGUGUGUGUGUGUGUGUGUGUGAGAUAGAGAGAGAGAGAGACUUAUUCCACUUCUUCUUCUUUUUCUUCUUCUUCUUCUUCUUCUUCUUCUUCUUUUUUGUCGUCCUUUUCUUCUCCUCUUCGUCAUCUUCUUUUUCGUCAUCGUCUUCCUAUUCUCCAGUCUCCUUCUUUUAUAAGGUGGCCCAUGUGGGCUAAAAUCU